AUGGGAAAUUGCUGUUGUGGAGAUAUUGACAACACGUAUGAUGGGCCAAUACGAUCCACGCGCAGUUCUGCACCUUCUUCGAUUGUAAUUACUACUCCUCCAACUUUGAAUCUCUCUAAUGACAGAGCAUCAAUUCGUCCUAAUGCUGUUACAGAUAAUACUGCCAGAACUCCUGGUUGUGGUCCUACAAGCUCUAAAACUAACCGGGGGAGACCAAGGGAUAGACGAGAUAACAACAAAACACUGGCGUCAUCUGGAAGACAUUUAAGUUCAUCCAAAAUGAUAAAUCAACGUUCUACGAUAAAUACGAACAGAACAACGUACCACGUACUAGUGCGAGAAGAUCCAGAAAUCGUAACACAACUAUUAAAUACUUUCAGCAAUUUUUACAUAAAUUUAACUGAUGAUGUAUAUCAAUUAGAGAGACUUAGAGAGGAGUCCUUGGAAUAUCAACGUAUCAAGAGCAUAUUUUUUCAAUCUAACAAAAGCUUUUUUAAAUUACAUAGCAUCGAGAAAGUACACAAUCCUUAUCUUCUAAUACAAUAUGGACUUAAAAAAUAUGAAUACACCCGUAAAAGAAUCAGUUACAGAGAAACAUUACUGUUUCACGGAACUAAGAAAGCAAAUAUUGACAAUAUUUGCCGAAAUAAUUUUAACUGGAGAUUAAAAGGUACCGUUGUUGGUUCCAGAUUCGGACAAGGCGUAUGUUUUGCGUCAGUAGCUUACUUUUCAACACAUUAUUGUGACGAGGGAUAUAACAAAGUGAUGAUAAUAGCUAACGUUUUAAUUGGUAGCAGCUGUAGGGGAAAUACUAACAUGACGAUACCACCGUAUAAUUUUGAUACUAGCACAAACGACAAACAAAACGUAUACGUUAAAUACAACGAUAAUACUUUCUAUCCAACUUAUCUUAUUCAUUUUGGUGGAAUAGACUACAAGAAAAAGUAUCGACCAAGUAUCUCUGAAGGUGAUUAA